CUUGAGCUUCUGCUGCAAGAAUUCUUAGAUGUUGUGGCUUGAAUGUAGAUAUUGGAUUAUGUGUUCUCAUGGAUAAAUCUCUUAUAGCUGUUUCUGGUAAGAUAGAAAUGCAUGACUUGCUGCAAGAAAUGGGAAAGGAAAUUGUUCUCCAAGAAUCUAGAGAGCCAUGCAAAAGGAGUAGAUUAUGGGAUCAUGAAGAAAUCGUUAGUGUGCUCACAAAAAAUAAUGGAACUGAUGCAAUUGAAGCAAUAUUCCUGGACAUGUCCAAAAUUAAAGCCAUUGACUUAAAUCCAGAUGUUUUUGAGGGAAUGCCUCAUCUAAAAUUACUGUCAUUUUUCUAUGGGUCUGAAACAGAAACAGGUGAUGAGGUGCACCUUUCUCAAGGCCUGCAAAGCUUCCCCAACGAGCUGCGAUAUUUGUACUGGCACGGAUACCCGUUGGAAACUCUGCCAGCUAAUUUCCAUCAGCUGAAAAUUGUAGAGCUUCAUUUGCCUUACAGCAAACUGAAAACGCCACCAAGCGGAAAAAUGAUUAAAACCUUGCAAUUCAUUGACCUCCAUCACUCCAGCUGCCUUAUCAAAGUUCCAGAGCUUACAUUGGCUAGGAAUCUCGUUCUUCUAAAUGUGUCUGGUUGUGAAAGAAUGAUAAGUUUUCCGAGUACAACUGGUUUGAUGUCGCUUGAAGGUCUAAACCUUUCUGGUUGCUUGAGACUCGAGGCAUUUCCAGAGCUUUCAAGGAGCCUAAAAUGCCUUGUUUUAAGUAAUACAGCAAUAAAAGAAGUGCCAUCAUCACUCGUUUCCCUCAGCAGGCUGGCUAUUUUGGAACUCGAAUGCUGCAUGAAUCUUGAAACUCUCCCCAGCAGCAUGUGUAACUUGAAAUCUCUUGAAACUCUUGACGUAUCUGGCUGCUCUCGCCUAAAGAAAUUCCCAGAAAUCUCGGAGACCAUGGAUCAUUUUCGGUCUCUUUUUCUGGAAGGAACAGCAAUUGAAGAGCUACCAUCAUCGAUUGAUAAUCUAAAAGCUCUUAGUUCACUGAGACUUAAAAAUUGCAGAAACCUUGCUUAUCUUCCAGAAACCCUUGGCAAUAUAAAAUCUCUUCAGUAUUUACAGCUUCAAAGUUGCAGAAACCUUACUCAUCUUCCAGAAAGCCUCAGUAAUUUGGAAGCACUUCUCAACGUUGAAUUGUCUGGAUGCCAAAAACUUGAAAAUAUGCCAGCAAAUUUAACGGUUUCUUUUAGUCUACAAGCUAGUGGAUGUCAUAUGUUGAAAUCUGUAUCCGAGUUGAGCAGUUUAUCCUCGAUAUGGAAACUAGAUCUUAGCAAUAAUAGAUUUGAGUCACUUCCGGAAAGCAUACAACAGCUCCACCAACUGUGGGAACUCGAUAUAAGCUUUUGCGAUAGGCUGAAAUCAUUGGUACAUCUUCCCUGGUCUCUAAUGUACUUAAAUGCUCAUGACUGCAGAUCAUUAGAAAGUGUAUCUGCCCCUAUACCCUUCUUCGAAUUUGACGACGAAAUGAGGUUUGAUAUUGAUGACAAGAAAUUUGAAUUUACUAAUUGCAUGAAGUUGGAUCGAAACAAAUCAUGGGGUAUGGUUCUGGCAGAAAUGGAGAUGAAGCUGCAACGAUCGGCGAGUGUGCUUAAUAAAUGUGAUAGGAGAAACGAUACUAGAAGGAUGAUGAUGUAUCCUGGAAAUGAAAUUCCAGAGUGGUUUACAUAUACAAGCACUGGAAAUUCAAUUAAAAUCCCGUAUUGUAAACAUUCUAAUGAUGGCUUGUUCUGUUGGGACAAGGCUGCAGUAUGCUGUGUUAUCGCAUUUCCGGAUAACUAUCACAUGAAUCCUGACAGCUUGCUACAAAUUGAAUGCAACUUGUCAAACUAUGACAAGGAGACUUUCACAUUCAGGAGUUAUAAGUCCACUGCGUCUGUGUAUGUGUCGGAGCACGUAGCCUUAUGUUAUCCUGUCACGGCUCCACGGCGUGAUUAUGGAACAGGAGAGUAUCCUUGGUUAGAAAUCAAGAUAUAUGGUGAAAAUUGGUUUUUGGAGGUGAGCAAGUGUGGAAUAUAUCCUCUGUGCAGCUGUGCACAGAAAUGCAGUCUAAUGCUAUUGGAAGAGAAUGACAAUGAAAAACAAGGAGAUGGCCACUGGAACACCAAUGGAAGGGAAAAGGAGGAGGAACCACCAUUUAAAAGACCAAAACAAGCCUAGUUUCUUCUUGGUGUGGAUCGUUGGUCACGUAAGCUUCCUUCCUUCAUCUGUAAGUUGUUUCUUUCGGUUUUGAAAUCACGAUCGUUUGGAGUUGUUUAUUUCUGUUGCGGGUUGUAACACGGUUUAUGUAUGCUAAUACAUUGCUACUGCUAUACCUCAUCUUAAGUUACUGCCACAUUAGCUAUGUGGAUUAGUGUGUGAUUUCUGUUUUGAGUUUGUUAGAGAAAACCGGUUAUUGUUUUGCCUUGUGUAUGUAGAGCUUUCAGCUUUAGGUUUAUUCUUAGUUUUGUAUAUUACAAACUCAGUCAAUAUAGUGUUCUCUGUUUUCUGAUAUGGUAUUAGAGCGGGUCCGAGCCCGGAUCAGGCGUUGCCGCCGGUGUUGCUGCCGCGUUUCAGUUUCUUCUCAAUGUAAUGAUCUUGAUGUCCAGUCCCAGCGAUCUGGUUCUAUUUCACUUUGUGAGCAUUACUAUCAAUGACUCGAUUUCAGUUUGUGAGCAUGGCUAUUGGUGACUCCAUUUCAAAGUUCAGUUUCGGUUUCAAGUUCAUCCCUACGGGCGACUUGAUUUCAGUUUUAGAUUCAAAUCGUUGCUAACAAUGAUCAAUUUUGAUUUCAGAUUCUAUUCUAUUUGAAUUCAGUUCUUCUUUUGAUUCAGAUAUGUUUUGAUUCAUAAUCAAGUUUUCAGCUUAAUAUCAUUCGGAUCCUCUCGUUCUUUAUUCUUCGUGUAUUGUUCUAUCUGAUUGUGGAUUGUCAUCUGUUUCCAAAUCUCUAUUUCAAAUUCUCUGGAAUUUCUGCCAAAUCAGCAACAUCUAUUGGAAUUUCUAUUUUUCUUUCUGUGUUCACUGAUGACUGGAUCAGAUUGAUGAGAUUCUUGUUGAUUUGAGGUUUCGAUUUUGCUAUGAUGUCUCUCGUUUAAACUCUUAUCAAUGAUACUAUUUAAAUAGAGUUGGUUGUAGCUUGUAGAAGCUGCAAUUUAGUCAUUACUAUACUGAAAAAAAGAGAUGUUGCAUUUUGUUGAGUGGUGAUUCUUUGAUAAAAAUGAUGAAGGUCGAAUAUGCGAUGUAAUGACAGUAUAGCGGAAGUGCGGAACAUUGAUCCGGUCGGUGCAGAUUUGAGUGAUCUGAUAUCAUGUCUUGUUUAUAGAAUCGUAUUAUGGUUUGUUUGUUUAUCCAGAAAAGAGUUUUGUGAAGUGUGGCUAGAAGCUGGAAAGUUGCAGAUUAGAUUUGUUCUUGUGAUAAUGAGUGAGGCCCCAAAUCAGGUCCUAAAGAGAUGGGAUUUUAGUGCAAGUAUUGGAUCCAACACAUGAAUAUGAAAAAAUACUUCCAAACUUGUGAAGCAAUAAAAAAUAUAUAAAUUAACAAUAAUUAUUUAUA